CUACUCGUAAGCGUUCCAGUGCACUAAACGUACCCAGAACAUCUUUACAGCUGAUUUUAAGGAAAGAUUUACGUCUGCACGCUUACAAAAUUCAGUUAGUGCAGGAAUUAAAAGAUAAUAGUUAUCGAAGUAUGUUGCCAGGAAUAUGGCGAUUUCCACGAUCGCAUGGUAUCUGUGAUAGACAACGGUAGAUGUAAAUAUGGCACCAAAGCCAAAGAAGAGAAACUUCACGAAGUCACACUGGACAAUAGCACCAUAUGUCAAGUAAAAGAAGAUAAUGCUUUCGAGCUGGAGGCGUGUAAUUUCGACUAUGACUCCGGCUGGUUCAGUCAAUUCGGAAUUCUCGUCAUGCGCAUGUGGUUACAGAUGUGGAGAGAUAGGAGUUAUCUUCUAUUAAGAUGCAUCCUAUACAUACUGAUUGGAUGUGUCAUAGGAACAUUGUACCUUGGCAUGGGACAAGAUGGCUCCAAAACGUUAUUCAACUUCGGUUUCUACUUCACUUGCCUUAUAUUCUUUAUGUAUAUACCAAUGAUGCCAGUUCUUUUACAAUUUCCAAAAGAAGUACAAUUACUGAAAAGAGAGCACUUCAACAAAUGGUACCGCCUCAGCGCGUACUUCACAGCUAUGACGGCCUCCACCUUGCCAUUGCAACUGAUCCUGGGAUCGCUGUACGUGUGUAUAGUCUACGUCCUGACUGACCAACCAAUGGAACCGAUGAGAAUGUUGAUGUUCUUCGUCGUAUGCAUUCUCACCAGCAUCACCUCGGAAAGCUUGGGAUUACUUAUCGCUUCCCAGCUCAAUUUAGUGAAUGCAAUGUUCGUCGGUCCAGUGGCGACAGUCCCCUUCAUGCUGCUCGCAGUCUACGGUUUUGGCUCUGGAUACGACACCAUCCCCACCCUAAUCAAGAUUGCCAUGUACUUCAGCUACCUCAGGUAUUCGCUGGAGGGCCUUAUCAGUGCCAUGUUGAAAGGUCGACAGAAGCUGAACUGUCCGGACGAUGAAGAUUUCUGCAUCUACACCGACCUGAACUUCUUCAUCCAAGAGAUGGGCAUGGAAAAUACCAAAUACUGGGUUGAUGUGCUUGCACUGUGUUGCAUCUUCCUUCUAUUUAGGAGCGGUAGUUACUAUCUUUUGAGGCAGAGGUUAUCUCCUAACAAGACUUUCCUAGCGUUGCAGUACAUUGGCAGGUUUAUAAAAUCUCACAUUGUAGGGGGGCAUUAGAUUAAUUUGACUGGUUGUCAAAUAUACGUACUUAGAUAUAGUGUGGAAAAUGCUUUAUCAAAGACACAUAGUAGCUGGAGUUGCAAGUCCUCUGAAGGGAAUAUAGGUAUGAAUAUUUAUGGAGCAAAAUGAAAAAUUAGACAUGAAAGUUGUACCAUUUCAACAAAAUAAAUUAAAAGUCUUCUAUUUGUCUCCAGGGUGCAGAACUACAUGAGGUGAUACUUGAAUACAAGAUGAUUGUUUAAUUUGAAGUUUUUUUGUGUGGACCGUUUCCUUGAAAAGAAAAGUUCAACAUUACGGAAGCAAAAUGUUUUUUUAGUUCUUGUGGAAUACUUUCAAAUGAAUAAAAAAGCCUGUCAAGUUGUAUAACAAGCUCCAUGAAUAUGCUGCUUUUUCUAUACAUACGUGGACGCGGCGGUUAAGGAAUAAAUGCAUUUAUUUUUCUGUUGAAAAAUAGAGUAUCAAAUUUCUAUGUUCAUAGUUUUCAUAGUUUAUAGAAAACUCAGAAAAAUUCAAAAUACAAAAAGCACAGAAAGAAAUGUAGAAAAAAUCGGCGUACAUGGUCAGCAUUGUCGAAAAAAUCAGCGAAGAUUUAAAUCCGGGGAUCUUCUAAACAGGGAAGAGGAGACUAAUCAAAAAUUCAUUUUGCCACAGUGUAAUUUGUUUAAUAAUGGUGAAAGUUUACCCAUUAUUAUUUUCUUUAAAAACUGUUUUGUUAUUGUGUGUCAACUUGAAUCGCGAUUAAAUGUAAACAUAGUGUUUCUACGUAUUUUAGUUAUCUUACAAUCAUGUGUCAUCACCGAAAUAAUUUACACAUGCAAUCAAAUUAUCAAAUUAUGUUAUUCAGUUAUAUUUAUUUUAUCUGUGAUUUGUACCUAUAAAAAAGCUUUUGUCGCAGAAUAAAAGCAACUAUUUAGGUUUAAAAACGUUUCUAGUUAGACAUAUCAGUGCCAUUGGGUGACCUUUCCUAUCGUUUGUGUAUUUUAAAACAAUCGUCAAAAUUAAAAGCAUAUACGAAAUCAAGCAUUUGUUUUUCAUAAAUUGUAAUAGAUAUUUGAUAUCACUGCGAAUCGCCUUUUGGCUCUGAUAUGUUCUAACUGGUUUCUUACGUGGGAUUAAUGUAUAUCUUAGAUUUGAAAAAACCUAGAUAAUAAAUCGAAAUCAUGGUAUAUCAGUACAUUGGAUCACCGUAUUCGUGUAUACCAACAUUACCAGCACAUACAGGCUGUGGCGUAAAGAGUGGAUAACCUUUAACCUGCAGUAAUAGAAAUUGCAAUAGGAGUCUUAGCUAACCUUGAUAGGAGUAUCCUUUGAGUUAACAGCAGGAAAUACGGUGUAUUAUAUCAUUUUGCAAUCUCAAUGAAUUAGGCAAAUUAUUCACGUCUUGUUUCACUAGGUUACCGCAAUAUUAUCGACGCCACACGUGGUCAAACUUAAGAGAAAACAAACUAAUUUUUUUCCGAGUUUUAAUGAUUUUUUAAAAAAGCAAUUAAACCUGUAUCACGGAAAUGACAAUUCAUAAUUAAUGGCACAUGUAUCCAAGAAUACUUAUGCUAAAAAAAAAGAACAAAAACCUUCAUGCGUUAUCACGAGACUUAACCCUUUCAAGGCAUAUUUUUAAAUUAUUAAGCUAUUUGAUUUAUAGCUGAAAAAAAUGAAGUGAUAAGAUCUCAAAAGCAUUAAAAAUAGCCCAGAAAAUUUUUCCAUUUGGAGAAAAAGGAAUUAGUAGGUGGUAUCACCAUGAUACCACCAAGCACUAAAAUAAUACAAUGCAGAUAUUACUGAAACAUAUAUUUAAUUAAGAUAAUGUUAUAAAAAGGAGUUUGAAGUAAAAACAUACAACUUAUUUGCUAUGAUAUUUUUCAAAGCAAUUUUUUUGGUCAGUCAGACACAAACCGACAUUGCAAGUACUGCACGACCAUCGCGUACGGUGUUGUUCCGCUUUUGUGCUGCAAAAUGCACGUCUUCAUCUGACCCAUUUUGAUCAUCCUCCGAUUCAUUUCCUGAAGGUAUGUCCUGAAAAAAUAUAUUCCUGUACUCUUCAUAGGUCAUAUUUUCCAAAUCUUUGUAACACCACUUUUUCCCUGAAACAAAAUCCCCAAUCAAUUAGUCACUAUCCACGUAAGCAGCUAACUUAGUAAAAUAAUUGAAUCAAAAGCAAAAGUACACCCACCAAUAAACAAACAUACCAACAACAUACAAGUAGCCCACCAACCAAUAGUCUAAAUAGUUUUUCCAUCGACUUCCAUCCCGCCGCAAACUUCACAAUUACCGAACUGACGGCAGAUCAACUAACCCAGCAAAACAACCAAGUUACUCAAAAACAGAAAAAUACGCCCACUAAUUACACAAACACACUGCCAAACAUACAAGGCAAAAAUCCAAAAUCACCGAAAAUAUUAGGCAUUGAUUGCUAUGUGGUAUCAAUUGACACCACCUUAAUUUUAUUCAAAGCAACCAAUAAAAAUAUAUAAAAUCGCGUGUGCCUAUGAUAAUAACAUAAAACAAUACCUAAUACAAUAAAAUAUAGUACUUACCCGCCAUUCUGUCCUUAUUUUUUUAAAUAAACACUCAAUUUAUGACCACGCACGUCAUUGACCUGCACACUGCGAAAACAAAUCGAUAAAUGUCAAAUAACAAGCUGUUAGGAAUGGCGUCCUAUGUAAAUAAUUUUUUUCAUACUAGUUGGCAAUAUAGUGCUACUUCUUACACGGUGGUAUCGGCAGAUAACCACUCCGCAGCGCCGUGAUAAAUUAUUAAAAAGGUGGUUUCAUGGUGACACCACAAAGCUUGAAAGGGUUAAAACAGUGAGUGAAGGAACCUAUUUUCUCCAAAUUUGAAAAACGUCAAAAAAACCCGAAAACCGUGCAGCUUUUACUAGACACAAUUUUCAAUUUUUUUAAUCGUUAUGAUGUCCUCUACCUGCAGUUUAAAGGUUAUCCACUCUUUACGCCAAACCCUGUAUACACACAAGAGGUCUCAGAGUAAUGCAAAAUUAUGGAAAAAUUAUUUUAUUGAGACGCUCUGAGAUAUUCCUGUCCAUUAGCUCAUUGUUCCUAUAUCCAUAUUUAGUUACCUAUACAUAUUUUGAAAAAAUAUAUUUGGCUCAUGCCUAGAUUUUAUUUGGACAAUUGUAUUGUUGCUUUAAUUCUAUUUUUGUUAAAAUAGUCAUAUUAUCGCAUCACAUUUUUUUUUGCUGUUACGUUUUCAUAUUUUUUAUAUAUGAGCCGUAUUUUGUUCUGGCUGUAAUUUUUCACUAAAAACUGUAUAAAAAUAAACGAG